GGGACCAUGCGAUUUGUAUUCUUUCACAUAAAUUACAAUAAAAUCUAGUGAGGGGAGAAUUUUUCGUUCCUUAUAAAGGCAACGGCCAUUUAUUCAUCUCAGUGAAGUCCGACGACAACGACGACGACGACCUCCUCAAAUUCCAAUAUGGAUCUCCACCUCUUCUUCCUUCCCAUGACCGCCAUGGGCCACUUGAUCCCCAUGCUCCACUUGGCCCGCCUCUUCGCCGGCCGCCGCGGCGUCCGCGCCACGGUCGUCGCCCCUUCGACCGUCAUUUCUCUCAUCCAGCCCACCCUCCACCACCCCAUCCAGCUCCUCCCACUCGGGGAACUCGCUCUCAUCACCCACCCUCAGAACAACGCCAUCACGCCCGAAAUGGCCGCCGAGAUCGACCGCCUCGAGGUGCCGUUCCUGCAGCUCCUCCGCGACCACUCCGCCGACUGCAUCGUCGCCGAUUUGCUCUACCCCUGGGCUUCCUCCGUGGCCGAGGAGCUGGGCAUACCGAGUGUUCCCUUCUCCGGCAUCGGCUGCUUCUCCAGUGUCAUCCUGAAGACCCUCGGCCAACUGGCCAUUCCCGACCACGACGACCGGCGGCCCUUCCUGCUCCCCGGCCUUCCGGACGAGAUCCACCUCGCGCGGCCGCAGCUCCCGGAUGUCGUAACACACCCGAGCGACUUCGUUAAACGUGCAUUAGCCAACGGCGAGAAGAGAUACGGAAUGAUCGUCAACACCUUCGACGAUCUCGAGCGGGACUACAUCGCACAUGCCAAGAAAUCCGACGGCGGCAGGAUUUGGUGCGUCGGUCCCUUGUCCCUCUCGCAACCGAAGGAAGCGGCUUUCAACUUCUCCGACGAGCUCAUGCAAUGGCUAGAUUCCAAGAAAGAAACCAAUUCGGUGCUCUAUCUCUGUUUCGGCAGCCUCGGCCUACUCGUCGCCGCCCAGCUCCGGGAAAUCGCCCUCGGCCUGCAAGCCUCCGGUGUCGAAUUCGUCUGGGUGGUGCGCGACGCCGGCGACUCGGCGGAGUGGCUGCCGGAGGGGUUCGACGUGGGGGUGAUCGGGGCGGGGAAAGGAAUGAUCGUGAAAGAUUGGGUUCCGCAGCCUUCGAUCCUGAACCAUCCGGCGGUGGGCGGAUUCGUGACGCACUGCGGGUGGAACUCGUGCGUCGAAGCGGUGGCCGCCGGCGUGCCGAUGGUGACGUGGCCGCUGCACUCGGAGCAGUUCUUCAACGAGCUGCUGGUGGUGGAUCUGCUCGGGAUCGGGGUGCCGGCGGGAGCGACCGUGUGCAGCAUCAGAGCCGAAGAGAGGAACUUGGUGUCGGCAGAAUCGAUAAGGAAUGCCGUGGCGGAGGUGAUGGGGAGCGGCGACGAGGCGGCGGCGAGGAGGAAGAGGGCGGCGCGCCUGCGAGAGGCUUCGGCCAAGGCGACGGAGGAAGGCGGAACGUCUAAUUCGGACUUGGACCAUCUGCUCAACGACUUGAUUAACCUGAAAGCCAAUAGACUAAUCGCCCAUUAAUUGUGCAAUUACUUGUGUGUGGUGCCCAUUCAUCGGUGAAUAAAUAUCUAAAGCAUUAAGUUC